AGAUAAACAAGCCAUUAAUUAUUGUUGAACCAGGUUUAUCAAAUGGUGAAAACAAUUUUCAAAAAUCUUCAGCAAUCAUGGUGAGCUUCAUCCCAGAAUUCAAGGGUGAAAAUAAUUGUCUUCAAGCAGCUUGUGAAUUUGUGUUUGUAAUUGAUCGAAGUGGUAGUAUGGCUGGAUCCUACAUCAAAGAUGCAGCUGAAACACUUCUACUCUUUCUUAAAAGUAUUCCUGAAGGAUGUUAUUUCAAUAUAAUAGGUUUUGGCAGCAGAUAUGUUCACCUAUUUCCAGAAAGUGUUCCAUACAAUCAAAAAAAUUUGGAAAAAGCUGUAAAACAUGCAGAGAAUCUUCAAGCUGAUUUGGGUGGUACUGAGCUAUUUGAUCCACUUAAAGAAAUAUUUAGUCAUGCACCAAAGAAAGGUUUGCCAAGGCAGGUGUUUGUGCUAACUGAUGGAAGCAUAAGUAAUACUGACUCUGUCAUUCAACUUGUUAAGAAAAACUCCAACAACUCCAGAUGUUUUUCUUUUGGUAUUGGCUCUGGUGCAUCAACAACUUUAGUGAAAGGCAUUGCACAAGCUGGCAAAGGUGCUGCUGAGUUCAUUGUAUCUGGAGAGAGGAUGCAACCUAAGGUGAUAAGAUCACUGAAGAAAGCCAUGCAACCUUCUGUGACAGAUGUUCAAAUUUCUGUCACUGUUUCCAACAAUAUAACAGUAAAUGUAGUUCCAAAAGAAAAGCUUCCACCUAUUUUUAUUGGUGAAUGUCUCAUUGUAUAUGCAAUUCUUCAUGACAAGUCACCAUCCUCAUCACCUCAAGAAGGAAAAAUACUCCUUAGUGGUGAUUUACUUGGAGCCAAAGUAGAGCAUAAGUUGAAGUUUCCAAUCAAACCAGCAGUGAAAAAAGAGACUGCUUCACAAGUGUCAACUAUUCACCACCUUGCAGCCAAGAAGUUGAUAAAAGAAUUGGAGUUGGACGGUGGAAAAAAGGCAGAGAUAAUCCAGCUAAGUUGUGACUCCAAUGUUAUAUCAUCACAAACUGCAUUUAUUGCCAUUGAUCAAGAUAGAAAACAAGCAGUUAAGGGAAGAUUGCACAGUUGGGAUUUAAUUCCUCGGGAAGAGAAACUGUGGAGAGUCCGGUGGAAGAGUCGAUGGGCUUGUGCCGGUGCACGUAGAAGUGCCAGAAGUGUUGAAGAUUCAUAUAUAUCUCGACCAAUGAAAAUGAGUCGAUAUAAACCUCCAGAACCAACAUUAUUACUGACACCGACUUUAUGUAAACCUCCAGAACCAACAUUAUUACCAACAAUGACUAUAUAUAAACCUCCAGAACCAACAUUAUUACCGACACCGACUAUAUAUAAACCUCCAGAACCAACAUUAUUACCGACACCGACUAUAUACAAACCUCCAGAACCAACAUUAUUACCGACAAUGACUAUAUAUAAACCUCCAGAACCAACAUUAUUACCGACAAUGACUAUAUAUAAACCUCCAGAACCAACAUUCACUAAAAUGUGUGAAAGUGCAACUGCAGGCCAAAGUUUAGUAGGGGCCAAUAAUUUUUUUUGGGGUUUUCAUGAUGAUGGUUUAGAAUAUCAAAGUUUAGGGAAUGUCAAACAUGACAGAGAUUCAAGUAAUCCACUUUCACAGAUAAUCAAUCUUCAGCUAGCAAAUGGUGCAUGGGAAUUGACAUCAGAAUUAUCAAAUAUGGUUGGUAAAUCAGUAAAGGAUUUAAAAGAUGCCUGUCCAGUGUCAUUCAAUGGAAAUAUGAUGACAAUAUGGGCAACAUGUAUUGUUUUGGCAUAUCUGGACCUUCAAUUAUCCACUGUUAAAGAUGAAUGGGAGUUGGUUGGUAUGAAAGCAAAAUCUUGGCUUAUGAUGCAAGUUCUACCACAAGGAUGUUCCUAUGAAGAUUUGCAUGAAAAAGCAAACCAAUUUCUUUGUGAUAAUUACAAACAUGAGAACAAGUAACUUUGUGUGAGAUUGAAUCAAUACUUGACGAUUUUCUUUAUAAUUUUUAUAAUUCAGUAAAAUAGACUACACAUGCUUUUGUUAUGGGUUUCAAGUAGAAAUUACUAUAUAGUGGAAUGACAUUGGUAAUCUUUGACAAAAAUGUAUUGCACUUCUGAGUGUGUUGUCAUGUUGAGAAAAUAGCAUAAAACCAACAAGUUUUUUUGUAUACGAAAUCACGAAACUACGAGUCUAUAAAAAAUGUUUUAAAAAUGACUCAAUUUAAGCUCGGAGGAGCAAAAUAAAUAAAAUAUAACUUUGAGUACUUUAA